AUGUCUUAAUAGUAAAAACUUAUAUCAGCUUCAUCACCUUCCAAAACUAGAAGUGCAAUAUCAUUACACACUUAAUCAAAGAGUCCCCAUUAUAAUGAAAUGUAAUAAGGGUCUACACAUCAAAAGUCAUAGUAAAGUUUACGAAAUUCUCAUUAUAUAAGCAAGUUCGAGAAGAGUAUUGAUUUAGAUAUGAAACAGAGUAAUAGUUUUAUUAACCCUGAAUUUGAGAUAAAAAAACUAAUGAACUUAGUUGAAUUGCAAUAAUAUGAAAUAAAUAAUUGGAAACGUCGAUAUGAAUAAGCAGAAUCACGAUGUAUAUCUUCUAAUUCAUCAAAACCAAUAAAGGAAUAUGAAAUACAUAUAGAUUAAUUAACUAAAGAACUCAAAAAUUAUAUGUCUAUGAACGAUGAAUUAAGUAAUGAAGUGAAAGAAAAAGAUAGCCUAAUAUAAAAACUGAAUAAAUAAUUAGAUAUCUACAAAUAAUAGUUAAAUGAUUAUUAGUCGGAAUUAAAGUAUGCAUAGAAAGAAAAGGCUAAUAUGGAUAAAGAUGCUUCACUGCAAUUCUAUUAGCAAGAUUAGAGAUUCAAUUAGAAAUUAUAAGAUAUUUAAUAAGUUAAUUUUGAAUAGAUGUAAAUUAGGGAUGAUUAAAUCUAAAAAUUGUAAUAAGAAUUAAUAAGACGUAAUUAAGCAAUUGAAUUUUAGAAAUAAGAAAUAAUGUAAUUAGAUAAGAUUAUUAAUGAAAUUAAGGUUGGAGAAAACACAUUGUUGCAAUCUUAGGAAACAUAUAAAAUUAAGUAUUAAGAAUUACUGGAUGAAAAAAAGAAGGAAAUCACUAAAUAAGUUUAACAAUUCGAAUUAAAAACUAAACAAUAAGAAAAGGAAUUUCUUGAUGAAAAGGAAUGCCUUGUUCAUAAAAUUAGUUAGAUGGAAUAUGAAAUAGAAUUGCUAAACAAAUAAAGCUAAGAAUCAUAAAAUCUGAUUUCAGGAUUGCAAGAUGAAAUUCAAUCACAAGUGGAUUAGAAUUGUUAUCUUUAAGAAUAACAUCAAAACAUUUAAUAUGAUUUAGAAUAAACAUACAAAAAAAUUAUUUAAGAUUUAAAAAUUGAAUAUGAAUCAUAAAAAAAUAAAUUAUGCUAAGAAGUUUCAAAAUUAACUUCUUAAUUAGAAAUUACUUCAUAAUAACAUAGUGAAAAUUAAGAGUUGAUUCAAGAAUUAUAAUUUAGUUUAGAUAAUUUAAACAAACAUAAUGAAAAUAUAUCUUAGUAAUUAAGUAGAUUGCAAACAGAAUUUGACCAACUAUAAUUAUAAUAUGAAAAUGAUAUAACUGAACAAAACUAAGAAAUUGAACAGUUAAAUGAUUAAAUUGCAUAAUUAACAGAGUUAUUAGAACAUAGAUCUAAUGAACUUGAUGAUGUCAGAUAAUUAAGAGGAGAAUUAGCACUAAAAAAUAAUGAAAAUAACCUAUUGAUCUAAAGAUUAUAAAAUGAACUAGAAACUUUGAAGAAAAAAUUAUUUGAACUUCAAAAAUAACAUCAAAUUCAAGGAUAAGUCAAAGAUGAAAUAAAUAAAUCACAAUUUGAAUAAAUGAGAAACCAAAUGGAAUCUGAAAUUGAACUAUUAUAAAAUGAAAAUAAAACGAUACGAUAUUAAUUAUAGAUGAAAUCAAGAGAAUGUGAAGAGUGGAAACAGUAGUACAAUAAACCUUUAUGA